CGUGUCUAUAUGUGUAUGUUUGUUUGUUUGUUUGGUCGACCUAUUUACUUGCUGUGCAGGCUACAUGUAGUUACUUAAUCUGUCAUUCCUCAGAAGGGCCCAUGUCUCAGAACAAAUAGCUUCUCCGUGUAGCAUAUGGUAACUGUCGCACCCUAGAUACAGGGACAGGGAGAUUAUAUAAAUGUAUCAUCAGAUAACUCUGUCUCAUUUUGCCAUAUGGUUACUAACCGCAACAUGCUACUUUCCUUCCUUCUUAUAUCUGGAGUGGCGUUAGCCGCGUCCCAGUCGUGCCAGAACACCAGCCCCCUGUGCGGCGCCAGUCCGGGAUGGCCGCUGCUGUCCAUGUGUUUUGAUCAUGACUACGUGUUUGCCAGCUGCCCGGAGUUCUGCGGACAAUGCACAUGCGCCACCGACCCCCGCGGACCCUGCUACAACGGCGGGACCCGGGGCGGCAACCCGGCCAACUACAACGAGCGCACCUGCGACUGUAACUGUGUAGGCGCCUGGACAGGGGAUCUGUGCCAAUACUGUGGCCUCACCUGUGUGCACGGCACCCUGGACAGCAGCACCUGUACCUGCAGCUGCGCACCUGGCUGGGACGGGCCCACCUGCAGCGAUGUGUGUGCGGACAGCAGUACCCUAUGCGGAGCUAACCCCGGCUGGCCGACUGUAGCGUCCUGUAGUGUGGACUAUGUGGCCGAGAGUUGCCACCUGUUCUGUGGGGUCUGCUCCGGCGGGUCUGGCGUCGUCGUCACCCAGCCCACCACUACGACGAAAACAACAACAACCCCUCCACCCUGCGACUGGCAGAUAGUUUUCGAGAUCCGGCCGGGGGUAGGGGACUGGGCAGUGGAUGCCUGGGGCUCGGAACACACACAUACCGGGCACUUCAAGAGCCCACUAGUGGACAUGUGGGACACACUGGGGGUCAAAAGGGUGAAGGUUUCCCUCUUCCAAGGAGCGGAGGUUCGAGAGUUGAUCUUUAAUGGCGUGAACAGCGACAAGUUCAGCUGGUUCUCCAAGGACCGCCUGCUGACGUCACCCUGGGCGGACCUUCCCACAGAACCUAACAACUUCUUUUCAAUUGAUGGGGAGACAAACCCUGACGCUCGCAGGACUUGGUUUAUCAGCCGUAACUACGGCGGGUGUCCGAACGACGCGGGCUGGCUGGUAGUGGUGGAGACCGGCCCGCAGGGGAGCUGUGAGUGGGAGCGGGUGCCAGCAGGUCCAGGCGUGCUGUACUCCAGGAAGUCAACUUACGUCAACUGGACUUCUGGCGGCGCUGAUAUCGGGGUCGCUGACCGGAUGGUCAUCUCCAUCGACACCUGCAGCCCGUAGAUAUUCUUUGAAAUCAGUCGCAUCUUACUUAAGGUACGUCAGGUAUGUUAAUUAGCAAAUUUCUUCAGCUGAUGUAGUAUACGUAC